AACACAGAGACAGAGAGGAGUAGCACACCCAACACAGAGACAGAGAGGAGUAGCGCACCCAACACAGAGAGGAGUAGCGCACCCAACACAGAGACAGAGAGGAGUAGGACCGUCCAUUCAGCCAGUCCAUGUGAGGGUAUUCUCAACGGACCUGUCACAAAGACCCAGCCUCAGGCCUGCCUCAGUGCUAUAAAGCUCCACAUUGAGGCAUGCGUAUCGGGUGUUCGCUGCCAGGAAGAGCACGAGGUGUGUGUCACCACCAGGAACUCAGCAGAGCCGACUGAACCGUCAGAUACGGUGAACGGGAUCUGUACAAUCAUAUCGUCCGUGGAGGCUGGACUUCCUUUAGAGGCGGGACUUACUGUAGACGUGGGACUUCCUGAAGAGGCGGGACUUCCUUGCUUGCUAGAUGCCCGUGUGCCUAUACCUGUUCCCGACCCGUAUCUCUCCCCGUCACUAGACAGGAAGGGGAUCAACCAGUCAGAAUUCCAGUUAGCCUCACCUGUCCUACCUACUGGGCUAGAGAGUGGAGGAAUUACCGAGACACAACAACGACAACAACAACAAACACAGCGCUCCAGUUCACGACCCCAGGAAAAGGAUGCCGUUCAAACCCAGGGCCUAAUCCCUGAGCUCCAGGACCAGUGGGGCUCUAGCACAGAGACACCCAGGGACAGUGAGCACUCGCCUGGGGAGUAUAAGUGGGCUGAGGCCUGGCUGAGGGAAGGCUCCACCUCUGUAGAUUUCAAGCCUGGUUUUGCUCAUCCCCAGUCUGACACUGAGGGGGACAUUGAGGAAUGCCUACCCCCCCACCCCUACUCCCUCCCCCACAUAGACAGGCCGCUUUGCUCUGACAGCUUAGGGUCAGAAGACUCAGAACAUUCCCAGCUGAAGACCUCAGACAGAGAGUACAGGACAGGAUCAACCCAUUCCCUGUCUGUGGAGAGAGAGGAGGAGGGAGAGGAGGAGGGAGAGGAGGAGGAGGAGGAGGGAGAGGAGGAGGAAGAUAGUCAUGUUUACAGUCAGCAGGAGAAGGCAGUAGAAAGCACGUCCUGUCCUUAUUCAGCACAGUCAAACACUGUUACAGCAGAACUCUCUGACCAUACAGACACUGUUACAGCAGAACUCUCUGACCAUACAGACACUGUUACAGCAGAACUCUCUGACCAUACAGACACGGUUACAGCAGAACUCUCUGACCAUACAGACACGGUUACAGCAGAACUCUCUGACCAUACAGACACUGUUACAGCAGAACUCUCUGACCAUACAGACACUGUUACAGCAGAACUCUCUGACUCUGACCAUAUUGGGCUGCCAAGCACCGAGGAGACAGAGGAUGCUAUAAUCCCCUUCAGCCCUACAGGAGUCUUCAUAGAGAUCACCAGUGAUCUGCUUGUUGACCUCAGCUCACAGGGUGUGUCUAGAGACAUAGGUCAGGGGUCAACCCAACCUACAGAGAAUGAAUCUCGUCAGGGAGACAGCACAGAACCCUCUGCCUUAGAUCAGGAAGCCACGCCGCUGAGGAGGAUAAAGAUUACCGUGGGAACAGACUCUACUGUGGGUAACAACGAGGUCCAGAGCCAGCUGAAGGAGCUAGAGAUCCAUCACAGCAUCUCUGGGCCUGAACCCUCUCCCUGCACCGUGCCACCCUCCAUCCUGUCUCUGUCCUGCCUCUCUGACUCCAACAACAACACCAAGGCCAGCGAAGGGUCUGUGUCGGGGUCUCCCUGUACAAGGGGUAAGGGGCCAGAGCAGUGGUCCUCCAAGGUAGAGGUAGCCCCCCAGAGCAGCUCAGAGGAGGGUGGGGAUAAAACCCAUGAUGAGUCCCCUUCCCUGACCGAGCCCUCCACGUUUACCUCUGACCUCCUGGGGGAGACCACAGAGACACCAGACAGCCCCCUAGAAUACCCCCCUGAGGACUCUGAGGAGUUCCUGUCCUACCUGGCCUACAAGCACUACUGGAGCAGUGAGGACUCAGCCGUGUCCGGGUUGGGGGACGAGUGUCACUUCAGCUUGGCUGAGGUGGAGGAGCUAGAGAGGCUUCAGGGAGAGGGCCACGGAGACGUCCUUUAUCAGAACCAUACUGAAACUACAGGCUGUAGGAGAGAUAUCUCUAACCAUACUGAAACUACAGGCUGUAGGAGAGAUAUCUCUAACCAUACAGACACUACAGGCUGUAGGAGAGAUAUCUCUAACCAUACAGACACUACAGGCUGUAGGAGAGAUAUCUCUAACCAUACAGACACUACAGGCUGUAGGAGAGAUAUCUCUAACCAUACAGACACUACAGGCUGUAGGAGAGAUAUCUCUAACCAUACAGACACUAUAGGCUGUAGGAGAGAUAUCUCUAACCAUACAGACACUACAGGCUGUAGGAGAGAUAUCUCUAACCAUACAGACACUACAGGCUGUAGGAGAGAUAUCUCUAACCAUACAGACACUACAGGCUGUAGGAGAGAUAUCUCUAACCAUACAGACACUACAGGCUGUAGGAGAGAUAUCUCUAACCAUACAGACACUACAGGCUGUGGGGAGGUUGUAGAGGGGGUAGUUAAUUCUAAUUGUGCUGCUAACAGCCCUUCAGACCUCUCUGAAUCCUUAGCUUCCUACCUGGAGACCAGAGGCCUGCUAUUGGACAGCACGGAGAAAGAGGAGGUGCAGCAGUCCAGCCCCCACCAAUCCCCUAACCCUCCCUCAGAGGGAGACAGACAGGACUGUAGCAAAUCACCUGGGGCUUUAGGAUUAGAGGACAGUUUGUUUGCUGAGAAGUCCAGCUCGUACAGCUCCUACCUCCAGACCAGCUCUCACCCUGCCCUCCUGCAGCAAGAUCGUGGGGUGAGAAUUGUGAGGUACCCCUACUCCGACGUCAGUCUCAACCUGCUCUCCCUCAGUAGCCUCGAGCCCAUCCUAGAGGCAGACUCCGACCGCUCCCUGGACAACUCUGGGAUUGUGGAGGAUGUGACUGGAGUAGAGGAGGAGGAGGAGAAGGAGGAGGAGGAAGAAAAAGAAGUGGAGGAGGAGGAGCGACGACAGAGUGUUAGGAUGAGGCCCACUGAGAAAGACAGGGACAGUGUUGUCCUGUCUGGUGACAUAAUCCUGUCCAACUCCACCUCCGGCCUUAAUAGCCCGUCAUUGUGUCUCCCCGAGGACUCAUCCAGUAUCGUGUCAUCAGAGCACCAACUGGACUCGUUGACCUUUGACCCCGAUGACCUCAGGGUUAUGACCUUACCACACGACAGGGACCAUGCAAGCAGCGAGAGACGCUCCAGUCCAACCCCCACCUCUGUGUCCUACGACUUUGACACCACCAGCACGAACAGUGAGGAGAUGGAAGAGUCCAUCCUGCCUGUCUCAGGGGGGAACACCAACCUCCACAAACCCAUGAAGAGCAAGUCUAAAGGCAGCCAGGAAGGGAGGUCCAAGAGCUCCAAGUUCUCUGUCUUUGCCAAGAUGCCUUCUUUCAGGAAGGGGAAGAGUCUGAAGAAUGCCAAGGGGGAGGACUUGCCCCGGGACUCACCAGACCUGGGCCUGAGCAGGGAUAUGGGGGGAGGACAGGUGGGACAAGUGGGAGACACCUCAGAUGAUGACAAUGUUUUCUUGAAGGGGGACAUCCUGAACCAGACGGUUCAGCAGUCCUUCUCCUCCAGUCUGGGUGGUCGCUACGAGACAGAGCAGGAGGAUUACGGCUUCUUCCCCUCCACACCGCGCACCCGCCAUGUCCGCCUGCUCUUCAGGGACGGGCCUGGGGACACCCCCCUGACCUCCCAGCCCGGAAGUCUCAGACACAACCAGACCGGUGCCCCCGAGGGCCAGCACGGCUACAAGAGGAGCAAGAGCUCUGACAGCCUCAAUCUUCGCAUGCGCUUCGCCCAGGCCCACAAGUCCCUGUCCAGCCUGUUUGAGUCUCGCUCCAUGGACAAGGAGAACGAGGAGGAGCAGGUGAACAUUGAGACUGGGAGCGAAGGGGAGGUGGGGCGAGCCAAACAGUCCUGGAGGAGGCUAAAGAGAGAGAGGGCCAAGGAGGCAGAGCUGCUGAGGAGGACCCUGUCUGUCCCGGUCGGGGACGGGGACAAGGGAGGGGACGGUGAGGAUGGGGGUGUGAGGACGCCCAGACAGAUCCAUAGUGACUAUACGUCCCGCUCUGCCUCAGUGCUCAGUGUCCCUGGGUCCCCCUCCUCUCCCAGGGCCCUGUGUCUCACCGAUCCCCUCACUAAGAGGGGCUUCCAGGACAGUCACAGCGGGGCCGGGGAGAACACCCCGCUGGGCUGCAAGUCAGAGGGCCAGAGGAGGAAAGGGAAAGUCCUGCCCAACGGCUUGUCAAUAAACUUCUCUGACUCCGGACCGGCGUCCUCGGACGACUCUGAAGCCCCACCCACAAACGAUUCCAGCCCCCUGUCGCCCAUGAGCCCCGCCUCCCUGGCCACCCUAGCCAAUCAGCUGUCUUGGUCCAGCUCCAGGUCCCCAGGAGGAGCCUUUGAGAGCACAGCGUCUAGCAUGGCAGCAACACCAGACACCCCAGUGAGACCCAUGAGCCCCAAGCCCCACAGCCCCAGACCGGCUGCCCAGCACAGGCCCUUCCGCUACCCCCACUCUGCCUCAGCCCGGGCCUCAGCCCUGUCCCUGGUCCUCAUGGCCCAGUCAGCCAGUGUAGAGGGCUUGUCUGACCCACCAGAGAAGCCCAAGACCCUGAAGCCCAGAGCGGGGCCGCUAGGCUCCUCCUCCCUCAGUCCAUUGGAGGACAGUGGAGUGGACAGCCAAUCACAGAUCAGCUUGCUCACACCUAUGUCCAUCAACCAGUUUGAGACUCAGGGUGGCUGUAGACCCACCAGCCAGGCAGGAGGAGAGAAGAGGCUAGCAGAGCUUAAGUCUCCUGGGUCUGGACUGGUCACUACUGCCUCAGCCCUCAGACCAUCACCAGGCCACAGGCCCAACAGAGAGAGGGACAGGGGUCCAAGACGCCACCGCUGCUCCUCAGACGACCUGUGGAUCGAAGAGGAGAAGAGACGGAAGCGGAAGCUGGCCCGAGUCGUGAGGGGCAGCCUGGGACAACUCAACACCCACUGUCCUGAAGAUUUGGAGAAAGCACGGGCUCGAGUGUCCCUGUCGACCAUGGAGGCGUUCUCCGGGAUUCCCCUGAAGGCCCACUGCUUCUCCCAGAGCACCCCCAUCGGACUUGACUGUCUGGGUUGGAGACGACGCAUCUCCUACCCCUCGGUGAUAGUACCAGAUGGAGGUGGAGAGAAGGCCUGUCUGGGUCUGGGUGAUGAUCUAGGCAGUGAUGAAGACCUGUAUGAAGAGUUCCGCAGCUCCGGACAUCGCUGUGGACACCCAGGGGGAGGUGGAGAACAACUGGCCAUAAAUGAGCUGAUCAGUGAUGGCAGCUGUGUGUACGCCGAGGCCCUGUGGGACCAUGUCACCAUGGACGACCAGGAGUUGGGCUUCAAGGCGGGGGACGUCAUCGAGGUAGUGGAUGCCACCAACAAGGAGUGGUGGUGGGGACGCAUCCUGGACAGUGAGGGCUGGUUCCCAGCUAGCUUUGUUCGGUUGCGUGUGAACCAGGAUGAGCCCAUGGAGGAGUACCUAGCCCAGCUGGAGGAGGCUGGGGCUGGGGAAGAGGACCGGCCAGGGGUGGGUCUGAUCCUGGGACCAGGCCUGCCGUGUAAGGACCAGAUGAGGACUAACGUUAUCAAUGAGAUCAUGAGCACAGAGAGAGACUACAUCAAACACCUCAAAGACAUCUGUGAGGGUUACAUCAAGCAGUGCCGUAAGAGGAUAGACAUGUUCACAGAGGAGCAACUGCGGUGUAUAUUCGGCAACAUCGAAGACAUCUACCGCUUCCAGAAGAAGUUACUGAAAGGUCUGGAGAAGAAGUUCAACAAGGAGCAGCCGCACCUCAGCGAGAUCGGAUCCUGCUUCCUCGAACACCAAACAGACUUCCAGAUCUACUCUGAGUACUGUAACAACCACCCCAACGCCUGUGUGCAGUUGUCCAGACUGAUGAAGACCAACAAGUAUGUGUUCUUCUUCGAGGCCUGUCGUCUGCUCCAGAAGAUGAUUGACAUCUCGCUGGAUGGGUUCCUGCUCACGCCCGUCCAGAAGAUCUGCAAGUACCCUCUGCAGCUGGCCGAGCUACUGAAAUACACCAACCCUCAGCAUAGGGACUAUAAGGACGUGGAGGCCGCCUUGAACGCCAUGAAGAACGUGGCCAGGCUGAUCAACGAAAGGAAGCGGCGCCUGGAGAACAUCGACAAGAUCGCCCAAUGGCAGAGCUCCAUAGAGGACUGGGAGGGAGAAGACAUCCUCAGUAUGAGUUCAGAUCUGAUCUUCUCUGGAGAGCUGACAAAAAUCUCCCAGCCUCAGGCCAAGAGCCAGCAGCGCAUGUUCUUCCUCUUCGACCACCAGAUGGUCUACUGCAAAAAGGACCUCCUGCGUAGGGACAUGCUGUACUAUAAGGGUCGUAUGGACAUGGACCUGAUGGAGGUGGUGGAUGUGGAGGAUGGGAAGGAGAAGGACUUCAAUGUGUCGGUGAAGAACGCUCUGAAGCUGCGCUCGCUGGCGGGGGACGAGAUCCACCUCCUGUGUGCCAAGAAGCCUGAGCAGAAACAACGCUGGCUCCGAGCCUUCCAGGACGAGAGGACGCAGGUGCAGCACGACCUCGAAACAGGAUUCUCCAUCACUGAGGUCCAGAAGAAACAGGCCAUGCUGAACGCCUGCAAAAGCCAUCCAGCUGGGAAGCCCAAAGCGGUGACCCGGCCCUACUAUGACUUCCUGCUGCGUCAGAAGCACCCGUCUCUGCCCAGCACCGUACCUCAGCAGCAGGUCUUCAUGCUGGCUGAGCCCAAACGCAAGGCAACCACCUUCUGGCAAAACAUCGGCAGACUGACGCCUUUCAAGAAGUGAAACGCCGGAGAGGAAAGGAGGAUUAGAGGAGAAAGGCUAACGCCUGAACUGACUUUUUUAUCCCCGAUCCUUUUUUUUUUCCUUCUCUCGUUUGUUCUUUGUUAUACAUAAUGUUAUCCUAAUUCAUAUACUGAUUAUUGUGAAAGAUCAACAUGGUUAUGAUGAUGAUGAUGAUAUUUUUUUCUUUGAGAAAGCACUUUAUAGGUUGGUUACAAUCAGACUUGGGAAUGGUUCUCCCGGACAUCGUGUAUACGUUGGGAGAAUGUUACUAGGACUAUUAUACCUGCUACUGCUACUACAACUUCAACCAAGCACCGAUUGGUACUAAUAUUACUACUGCUGUGUGAUCAUGUGACUGCCAAUGAGGCUCCUCUUUUUUGAAAGACGUUGACUGACGCAACUAAAUGAUUUUUUUCCCGGUGUUUUUGUUUUGUUUCGACAAAUGCCAACUGUUCACAGUGCCAGAUCAAUUUAGCUUUUGUAUUUAAGUUUGUGCUGUGUCUGCUAUUGAAAAAAAAAGUGAAAAAGGGGGAUAAAGUUUAUUGUACUUCUCUUUGUGCAAA